AUGUUUGCGCUCCUGGUGCUGCUCGGCCAGCUGCCCGUGGGGACCGUCGCGCUUCCUGGAGCCACGAGGAGCCCCGAGGAGGAGGCAAGAGGGCAAGCGAAAGAAGAAAUCUUUACAUCGAAAGAAAAAGCCAGCGUUUUCAUGCGCAGACACCUGCUGUAUAACAGAUUUGAUCUCGAGCUCUUCACCCCCGGUGACCUGGAGAGAGAGUGCAACGAAGAAAUCUGUAAUUAUGAGGAAGCCAGAGAGAUUUUUGUGGAUGAAGAUAAAACGACCGCGUUUUGGCAGGAAUAUUCCAUUAAAGGACCAGCCACAAAAUCAGAUGACAACAGAGAGAAGAUCGAUGUUAUGGGCCUUCUGACGGGACUGAUUGCUGCCGGGGUGUUUCUGGUGAUUUUGGGGCUACUUGGUUACUAUCUUUGUAUCACCAAGUGUAACAGGCAGCAACAUCCAGGCUCCCCAGCCGUCUACGUGAGGAGGGGCAGGCACGCUCCCUCCGUCAUCUUCCGAAGACAUGAGGAGGCCGUCCUGUGUCCCUCACCCCCCUCUGUGGAGGAUGCAGGACUGCCUUCUUACGAACAAGCAGUGGCACACACCAGGAAACACAGCAUCUCGCCACCACCGCCGUAUCCUGGACUCGCAAAGGGAUUUCGGAUGUUUCGAAAGUCUGUGUCUUUCCCAGCUCACUAA